GGCACUCUCAACUUCCUCGUCUGAAGGGACAGCAGCAUUUCAGCGCUCCUCGUCGCUCAUGGAAGUUUCUAGAACGAAAUGAGGACUAUUGUCGACCAGCAGGAUCUACUGAACAAAGCAGGACAUUCUUUUUGACGACUCGCUUCAAGCUGCGGUGCCUCCAUCAUGGGCUGCAUGUGCUCCAAGAAGGACCGGGAGUCUGUGGGCAAACAGAGCAGCGAGGUGCAGAGGAGCGGCCAGACCACCCACUAUGUCAAAGACCCCACUUCCAGGAACUCCAAAACUAACAAGAAGCCCUCCGGUGCACACAACACGACAGAUGGAGACGUGGUCGCCAUAGCGCUGUACGACUAUGACGCAAUCCACGACGGAGACCUGGGCUUCAAGAAGGGAGACAAGCUCCGCAUUUUGGAGGAGUCGGGGGAGUGGUGGCGAGCCAUGUCCGUCAUGACGGCACAGGAAGGCUUCAUCCCCAGCAACUACGUGGCCAAAGACACGCUGCAGACCGAGGAGUGGUUCUUCAAGGGUAUCAGCAGGAGAGACGCCGAGAGGCAGCUGCUGGCCCCUGGGAACCGAGUCGGCUCCUUCAUGAUCCGGGACAGCGAGACCAACAAGGGGAGCUUCUCUCUGUCAGUGCGAGACAGCGACGGCUCGUCAAAGGACGGCGACACGGUCAAACACUAUAAGAUCCGCACGCUGGACAAUGGAGGCUUCUACAUCUCGCCACGCAUCACCUUCAAAACGCUGCAAGAGCUGGUCAAGCAUUACAAGAAGCAGAGCGACGGACUCUGCCAAACCCUGACCAGCCCUUGUCUCAGCCCCAAACCGGAGAAGCCCUGGGAGAAAGACGCCUGGGAGAUCCCGAGGUCGUCACUGAAGCUGGAGAAGAAGCUUGGCGCUGGACAAUUUGGAGAAGUCUGGCUCGCCACGUACAACAAGCACACCAAGGUGGCGGUGAAGACCAUGAAGCCCGGGAGCAUGUCAGUGGAAGCCUUCAUGGCCGAGGCCAACCUGAUGAAGACUCUGCAGCACGACAAGCUGGUCCGACUCAACGCCGUGGUCACCAAGGAGGAGCCCAUAUACAUCAUCACGGAAUACAUGGAGAAAGGCAGUUUAUUGGACUUCCUCAAGAGCGACGAAGGCAACCGCAUCCCACUUCCCAAGCUCAUUGACUUCUCCGCCCAGACGGCGGAGGGCAUGGCCUUCAUCGAGCAGAGGAACUACAUCCACCGAGACCUGAGGGCUGCCAACAUCCUGGUCAGCAGAGCUCUGGUGUGCAAGAUCGCAGACUUUGGCCUCGCCCGCAUCAUCGAAGACAACGAGUACACGGCCAGAGAAGGGGCCAGAUUUCCCAUCAAGUGGACGGCCCCUGAAGCCAUCAACUACGGUUGCUUCACCAUCAAGUCGGACGUCUGGUCUUUUGGCAUCUUGCUGACAGAGAUCAUCAGUUAUGGACGCACGCCAUACCCAGGCAUGACAAACCCGGAGGUGAUCCGUUCCCUGGAGAAGGGCUACCGGAUGCAGCGUCAGGACACUUGCCCCAAGGAACUCUAUGAUAUCAUGCUGGAGUGCUGGAAGGACAAACCGGACAACCGGCCCACCUUCGAUUACCUGCAGAGCGUCCUGGAGGAUUUCUACACCGCCACGGAGAGCCAGUACCAGCAGCAGCCAUGAGCAGCGUGUACUUUCAUCAGAUUUUUGGACACCGAGAAAAAAACUUUCAAAGUAUUUUCCUUAAUGCUUCUGCACCAACAACAAGCGUCCAUCUUUACCCAAGGAGGGCUUGGAAGGGCUUUCUUCCUCUUUGUGCCUUUCCUGUCUUUGAAUAGUCUAUAGCUUUCACAUGUUAAUAUUAUAUGUUUGUGUGUGUGUGUGU